UUAGUGUUGCAAAAUUCUAGAUAUGGAAGGAUUUUCAGUUACUCCCCCUUAUGUAGGAUGGUGUCAACUAUGCCUAUUAGAAGGUAAGGAUAAAAGCCUACAUUAAGUUUACUGAUGAGAAGGCUUAGCACUCCGCACUUAUUAGAUGGCAACCACCCAUGAUCAAAAUUAGAUCGGGAGAUUAAAUCAAUAAUGACAAUUUUUUAAAAUUUUAACAUUUUUACAAAUUGAUACAUGGGUUAGUUAAAUCAAAUUUUUAUGACUUCAAAUUUUUAAACCAACUAUUUUUAGGUAAACAUUGUGAAAAAAUAUGGAAAACCAGAUGACACUUGCAUGGGCAAUUAUAUUUUGCCUUGCCGUAGCACCAGUGCAUGGCCAAUACUACUCCAGAACUGUUAAGGCAGGUCCUCGGGUGGAAAAGAUUACUCGACUCCACUUCUUCUUCGACGACAUUCGCAGUGGAAAGAACGCUACUGCAAUCCCGAUAGCCAGUCCCAACACCACCCAGGAUCCGCCCACAUACGGUACCUUGUAUGCAAUGGAUGAUCCCCUCACUAUGGAGUCUGAACCAACAUCCACGCUCAUCGGAAAUUCUCAAGGGCUCUACUUAGAUUUAAGUCGAGAACGUACUCAAUUUACUGCAAUCAUUUAUGCGGAUUUUGCGUUUACCACUGGCAGAUUCAACGGAAGCUCCUUCAGUUUGUUCUCACGCUUUUCCGCCGCAGAUGCUCCUAGCACAAUUCGUGAAAUGGCAAUAGUGGGAGGGAGAGGUGCGUUUAGGAUGGCCACAGGGUUUGCCCUCUUGCGAGUCACUUGGAGCAACACGAUGGGGGAUGCUAUUGUCGAGUUCAAUGUUACUUUGUACCAUUACUAAA